GGCGGGGCUGGUCCGGGCACCAGAGCCAGUUUGACGGAAGGAGCGGCGCGGUCGGUGGCGGAGGAGAAUGGAGGCGGUCGUAUUCGUCUUCUCUCUCCUUGACUGUUGCGCGCUUAUCUUCCUCUCAGUGUACUUCAUAAUUACAUUGUCUGAUUUAGAAUGUGAUUACAUUAAUGCUAGAUCAUGUUGCUCGAAAUUAAACAAGUGGGUAAUUCCAGAAUUGGUUGGCCAUACUGUUGUCACUGUAUUAAUGCUCAUUUCAUUGCACUGGUUCAUCUUCCUUCUCAACUUGCCUGUUGCCACUUGGAAUAUAUAUCGGUUCAUUAUGGUGCCAAGUGGUAACAUGGGAGUGUUUGAUCCAACAGAAAUACACAAUCGAGGGCAGCUGAAGUCACACAUGAAAGAAGCCAUGAUCAAGCUUGGUUUCCACCUGCUCUGUUUCUUCAUGUAUCUUUAUAGUAUGAUUUUAGCUUUGAUAAAUGACUGAAGCUGGAGAAGCCGUAGUUGAAGUCAGCCUACACUACAGUGCACAGUUGAGGAGCCAGAGACGACUUAAAUCAUCCUUAGAACCAUGACCAUAGCAGUAUAUUUUUUCCUCUUUGAACAAAAAAUAUUUUUGCUGUAUUUUUACCAUAUAAAGUAUUUAAAAAACUUGAA